AUGGACAUUACGGGUAGAUUCAUGUUUCCUUCCCCGUGGGGAAUCGCUCGGCUUGCUGCGACUGCGACGGGAGGUAAAGAUGGAAUGAAGGUACCACAAAGUGUCGAGGCUCUCAGCGAUGACGGCGCAUGGAGAGCAUCGGAGCUUAUCACGUUUGCGAAUUCUUCAAAAAAAACUCUACUCGACCGCGCACCUCCAAGUACGAGUCUCUUAAACAAGUGUGAGACUCAAGGGAAUAAAGGCAAUGCACAGGAGAGAGCGAGUCAAUGAUAUAGUACACGUGUACCUACAAUGUACUCUCUACAAGUGAUAUAUGAAGUACAUCACACUUUCAUUUUUGCGCAUGAUGAGAAGAUCCAAUUCACUGCUAUAAGAUGGAUUUCAAAGCUGAGAAGUCCAGAUGUGCAACAAAAGAUCUCACUCUUGACUUUACUGGCUCAAUUUUUUAGGAAUAAUGAAUUGACUUCCG